GGAUCAAGUGUUUGCUUGACGAACCAUAGAACUUUGUACAUAUAUAUGGACUCUGUUCGUGGGCGCUGUCAGACUGUGUCGAGGACUUAAAUCAUCACGAUGUUAAAGUUCUUGGUGGUAUGUCUGUGUGCCAUUGCUGUUGCAAAAUGGAGCCAAAAAGUCCAAGCUGAGAGUGACGUAAACGACUUGAAUGAUGAAGAAAAAAGGUUGUUACAAACCCUAGAGGAUGCGAUAGAUACAAGCAAGAGAGACACGAACGACCCGUGCUCCGAGGAAUGUGGCGAGGAUAACGAAUGUUACGAACCAUGCACGUGUUUCUACGACUGUAUGGCUGAUAUUGACGAUGAGCAAAGGUGUGAAGACGAUUGCAGUGAUGAUAAUGUCCAAAAGAGAAUGGCAUUAGCAGCUAGGAACCAGGAGAGAGCAAACGAUGAAAUACAAAGCAACAACAAAAAUAAACAACAAAAGAAAUUAUGGGGUAUUCCACCAAUAAGAAUUCCUCCAGUUCCACCUGUAAGAAGAUGGGUUCCACCAGUAAGAAUUCCUCCAGUUAGAAUUCCCCCAAUCCCACCUGUAAGAAGAUGGGUUCCACCUGUAAGAAUUCCUCCAGUUAGAAUUCCCCCAGUUCCACCUGUAAGAAGAUGGAUUCCACCAGUUAGAGGGUGGGGUGGAAAGAAAUAGAUUGAACAAUACUAACAAUGAAAUGCCACAAACAACAUUUUUACUCGAAUUAUCUCCUUUGAAAUAUAUAGACUUAAAUAAAACAUUUAGCUUGAUGAAUAAAAAGAUUUGACAAUGACGAAGCUCGACGAAGUGCUAAUGUGUUAAACACCUGACUGAAACUCUUUAAGCUUUUAACUAUAAAGUCUAAAUUGAAUAACUUACAAUCAAUUGCUCCGUUUCUUUUACAUUAAGCACAAUUAUUUUAACAUGAUAAAAUAUAACAUGAAUAAUUUGUUUGUAAACACAUUAUGCAUAUUUUGAAUAAUAAAUAUUUUUUUCAGCACCAACACAA